AUGUUCAAAUUUACUAAAAAACAUUUUUUUGAGAUUAUACCAAAUAUUGUAAUAAUUUUUAUUUUUAUUCUCUCAGUUGUUGGAGUAUUUAUUUUAGCAAAUACAAUGUAUCUUGGAAUAUCAAGUUGUAAUGAAAAAAAAGAAGAAAUAUUUAAUGAUAAUAUGUUAGGUGAUAUUAUUAAAAAAGAAAGUUAUUCACCUAAUAAUGAUAUUAAUAAUAAUAUUAGGUGGUCGGUAUCAGAAAAGAUACAUAUUAAUGAAAAGAAUGUUACCUUAAUAAAGACAGCAGUAGAGGAAAUUUCACAAAAAAAAGUACUAGAAAUAGCUGGAGAAUUUGGUAUAAAAUAUUGUAAUAAUUCACCAACAUUUAUUGUUCAAAUAAAAGAUUUUAUUAAAAAAAAUAAUGAUUAUUUGAAUCAUAUUAGGAGAAGAAAACAAACUGAUCCAAAAAAAUUACCUAAUUGUAAAGUUACAGAAUGUGGUACAUGGACUGAUCAAAGUAUGAAUAUGGAACGUGUAUGUUUAUCACCAACAGAAUUUCAGGUUACAUUAUAUAAACCAAAUGAAAUGAUGGCAAAUAAGUUACAUCUUGAAACAAAACUUGUUUGUGAAGAAAGGCUUAAACAUGGUUUAUCAUGUUAA